AUGUCUGAGCUCAAGCCCAUCACAAUUUAUAUUCACAGUGCUGGCCCCAACCCUUUCAAGGUGAUCAUCGUUCUGGAGGAAUUAGCUCUCCCAUACGCAAAGGUUGUCGUCGAUGACCCGAAAGAGGACUGGUUUGUUGCAAUCAAUCCUAACGGUAGAGUACCGGCUAUCAAUGACCCCAACAGCAAUAUCGUGCUCUGGGAGUCUGGCGCCAUCAUGGAAUAUCUAGUUGAGACAUACGACGUUGACAAAAGGUUGUGCGCUACAAACCCUUCAAGUAAAUGGGAGAUAAAACAGUAUCUAAACUUCCAAAUGUCUGGUCAGGGUCCUUAUUAUGGCCAAGCCAUGUGGUUUCACAAAUGUCCUCAAGACAUCCCUAUUGCGAAGCAACGCUAUGCCGGAGAGAUCCUCCGUGUUAUCAGUGUUCUUGAUAAGAUUUUGAAAAGCAAGAAAUAUCUUGUUGAUGGCAAACUGACGUAUGCCGAUCUAGCAUUUCUGCCGUGGAACCGAGUUAUUAGCCAGCAUCCCUUAUUUGAAACAUCUUUGUGGGAGGGACAUGAUGUCGUGCACCAAUACCCGAACUUUUCAGCUUGGCAUGAACGUCUUAACAAUCUUCCAUCUGUAAAGGCUGCCUACAAUUAA